GUUCAUUUACCUCCGCUCGACUGUAUGGCGACGGGUCUCUUUUCAAGAGCGACAGUCACAACCGUCGGUCUGACAUGCAAAGCGUUCCUGAAGAUUGGGUUCUGUUCUUCGGUUUCCGUCAAUGGACUUGACAUCCUUCUGGAAGCAUUGCGGUCAGAAGAAAGGGAAAAAGGUCGAGGGGUUGUCACGGUGGCAAAUCACCUCUCAACGCUCGACGAUCCCCUGAUCUGGGGUAUAAUGCCAUGGCGGUCCUUCCUAAGUGAACGAACGACACGAUGGGCAUUGGGAGCGGCAGAUAUAAUAUUCACGAACCCGAUUUUCUCCGCGUUCUUUCGGAAUGGCCAGGUCCUUGAGACGUUCAGAGGUAAGGGAAUAUAUCAGCCGUCGGUAGACACGGCUGUGUCUAAGCUGAACCGGGGUGGCUGGGUUCACUUGUUUGGGGAGGGUAAAGUUUACCAGCCCCGCGAUUAUCGUGAGGAACAUGGUAUGGCACAUUUAGCAAGGUUCAAGUGGGGGAUAGGUCGAAUGCUGAUGGAGACGGCUCUGCCCCCGACGGUCAUUCCGAUGUGGCUCACGGGCUUUGACAAACUCAUGCCAGAAGGCAGAUCCAUCCCCUACAAGUUCCUCCCGCGCCCAGGUGUCGCCCUCAGUGUGACCUUCGGCAAGCCCAUUUCGGCAGAAAAGAUCAGAAGCGCGCUCGCUUCCAUCGACCGCGACCCUGCCCGCGUCCAAGUCACCCCGUCAAGCGAGGUCAAGCACGGCGGAGGGUGGAUGGGCGAGGCGAUCUCGCGCACGGUUUACACGGAACGGUACCGCGAGCGGGAGGGGAAGCUGUGGGAGGAGAUGGCGCGGGUCCGGAGCGAGGUGACGGAGAUUGUAAGGCAGGAGGUGGAGGCGCUUGGGAGGUCGGUGUCUGGUGCAAGAUUAGGGAAAUAGAUUUGUCCAAAUAUAGACUUCUGCAUCAUGAUACACGCAUAUCAUGUCCCUGCUGGCACGGUUGUCCCGUUAUCAAGAAGGCCCGAGUUGUUGGUACUCCCAUGCUAUGGCAAAGACUCUAUCGC